CAGAAGCAGCGCAUAAGGAUAAGGAGCGAAACGAACGUUGAGAACGACACGGAGAGCUGACGAACGAAGAGAAUGAGUGGGGGAAACCCGCGAGUGUUCUCGACCAACAUCCACACACGGCGUCACAAGGUAGAACGGCUAAUUGCAGUUGUACCUGCGUUACCUGUGCGCCGCCACGCUCGCGAUUUCGUUUCCGCGUUGGAUGCGCAUUCGUUCUCCAAAGCCGCCUUUUCGUAUUUUCGCGCAUUUUCGUUGUCGUUCUUCUUAAAAAUACCUUCGUAUUAUUCAUUCAAUAUUUCUUCAAAUUGGAACGAUGCGGCGAGGAUCCGUUAGCAGUUGGCAGUCCUAUGGACAGCGAAAUUCGGCUCUAACACUUUCAGCAGACUGCAUGAUGCAGACGUAUGAGGGUAACACCGCGCUGCCUCCGCCCUGCGAGGAAAUUGUUCACCAACGAAAGGGUGGCUGGUUCUUAACGUACAAAAAGAUUCUCUCCUUCGUUGUCCUGAUUGUGAUCGUUGUGAUCGUCGCCGGCCUGAUCGGAUGGAAUAUCGGCACAAUGCCCAAAACAAGAAUGUACGAUCCAUUAGCUCUUAUCGAGGACGAGGUGGAAGAAGGGGACGAUGUCAUUACGGACACGAUAUCGCCUUUCGUUCACCCUUCGAGAUACAGUCUCGAGUUGACGCUGUCGAAUGACGUCAACGCGACAUCAAAGCUGAAAGGACGAGUUGUCAUCGAAUUUCGUGUGGACGACACAACGCCAUUAAACAAAUUGUCUCUGAAUGCAAGAAAUAUCACGGCAACGCGUUAUAAGUUGUUGCUCAUAGAAGAGAACGGCGCGCGAGCAAAAAGAAGGCGUAGGAGACGUGCCGAAGAUGACGAUAAAGGCGGCCAAGUGAACGCUACUGACAAUGCUACCACUCUGGCUCCUACUGUGAUGUCAUCUCCGCAAUUGGAUAAUGAAACAACGCGCGUCGUUGUUACGGAUGUUCCUCUAGGAAACGUGACCGUUUCGGCUAACGAAACUUCUCCUUCGACGAACGAAAGCUCGUCCGUGGCCGAUGAGAAAAUCGCGGAAUCUGUGAACGCGACGACGACGCCUGGAUCGACGACGUCCACCACGGUAACUUCCGGUAACGGGAGCGUAACCGAUGUGGAGAUCCAGCGAUAUGAGGAAGAUGCUAAUAACGGAUUACACGUGAUAUAUCCGGCCGUCGCCAUGAAUCCGGGGACGUACAGCCUGGAGAUCGAUUACGAGAUUGUGUUUGAUGGAAAGGCGGUUUAUUCGGUCAAUUUCAGAGAGCCCGGUGAAGGAAAUAGAUCGUUAAUCGGGACGCGGCUGAAACCCGUGGGAGCCUCGCAUCUCUUGCCUAUCUUCGACGACGUAAAUCUCAAGGCUGUUUUCUCGGUGUCCGUGGCACGUCCGCGCGAAGCGCGAGCCCUGUCGAACAUGCCUCUCAAUAUCUCUAAAGACACAUCGGGUGAUCGAGUGAUCGACACCUUCAGCGAUACCCCGUUGCUCUCGCCUUACAAUCUGGCUUUCGUAAUGGGCGAGGUCGAGUCGUUGGGCGAGACGAAAACGGGACUUGAUAACGCGACGAGGGUGACUUUCUGGGGCGAUCCGAAGAGGCGAUCACGGGGGAUUUAUCUCCUCGACAAACUCGACCAAAUUGUUACACAUUUGUACGACAUAUUUUCGAUGCCUUAUCCGCUACCGAAAUUGGAUAUCGUCGCAUUACCGUCGCGAAUCGUCGAUAACGCCGGAAGCCCAGGAUUGAUAUCAUUGAAGCAAUCGCUCUUCUACGCCGCGGAUCGAUCUCCCAUGGUCACGAAGACGGACGCGUUAAGCGCUCUGAUAAGCCUGAUAGGAGAACAAUGGCUGGGCGGUGUCGUGAACAUGAAGAACUGGACGGACGUUUGGCUACUUGAAGGCUCCACUCUCCACUUGCGACACGCGAUGAUCGAGAAGAUAGAUUCGUCAUUGGACUCUAAUCAUGCCUUCCUUGCUAAUGUGCAAUGGGAUGCCAUGGAAGAGGAUAGCUACAGCGUUUCAAAGCCGCUGCAAUCGAAUAUAAAUCCUGCUCAUUUGGAUUUUUCGGACGACAAUGCUCGACAUAAGAAAGGUGCAUGCUUGAUUCGCAUGUUGCAUGGCGUGAUAAACGAUACCGCCUUUAGGAACGGCUACCGGAAAUUCAUAGCGAGGUGGAACUAUUCGACCGCGAACGUUGACGAUUUCUGGGAAGCGAUGGCGGAAGAAACUAUCGGAUUACCCAUCGAAAUCACGUUGGCCGAAGCAAUGAACUCUUGGAUUUCGCAUCGAGGGUAUCCGAUUGUUAGCGUCAAGAGAAAAUAUGAGGAAGGCACCGCUGUCAUUCGACAGCUAAGAUUUACGUAUGAGCAAACAUUAUCUGACACUCAACCGACGUGGUACGUACCGCUUGACUAUAUUAACAAAACGAGCAAUGAUUGGUCAUCUCCGACAAAGCUGUGGUUGCAUUCCGAAGCGGAGAUGGUGGUGCAUAACGUUAGCGCUCAAGAUUCUUGGAUUGUGUUCAAUGUGAAUAAAACAGGUUAUUACCGUGUGCACUAUGAUGAGGAAAAUUGGAAGCUCCUGACGCAGGCUCUCGAGGAAAAUCACGAGGCUCUUCCGGCAGAAACCAGGGCGUCGCUCAUCGACGAUGUGCUCGGACUCGCCGCGGUCGGUAUGACGAAAUACGCGACCGCUUUCGACUUUAUUAAAUAUAUGCAAAUGAAGGAACGGCAUUACGCUCCCUGGGGUGCUCUGAUGCGUCAUCUGUUGAAGUUGAACGGUCUCCUUUACGAAACAUCUGGUUUUAGCGCCUUUCAGGAAUUUACAUUACAAUUUACUUCGAAAUUGUACUCGGACGUGGGAUGGAAAGUCGAUGAGGGAUCACGACUAACUUUGACCGCUCUUACGAUAGCUUGCGCGUUCGAGAAUGCGGAAUGCCUCGAAUGGGCCAGGAGUCAUUUUGCAAAAUUGAAGGACCAUUCCGAUGCGGACGAAGUUGUGCCGGCGUACGCACGCGAAGUGCUGUACUGUACGAUCGCACGAUACGGCACGCGGAAUGAGUGGAAUUACUUCGUCGAAAGAGCAAACUCCACCGCAGAUCGAGAUGAAAAAAAUCGCAUUCUAUCAGCAUUUGCAUGCUUUCAAACGCCAUGGAUUCUGCAAUCGGUACUUAGCGAGCUUCUCGAGGGGAAAAUGUACGACGAGGACGAGACGCAAAGGAUCUUAAGAAGUUUUCCGCAAAAUCCGGUCGCUGCGGAAAUCGCCAGCAAGUUUGUGCAAAAUAAUUGGCAGGUUAUCGUCACAAGAUUCUCCAAAUGUCGCCCGAUCGUUAAAGCUUUCGCAUUGGCGAUGACAAACGGCUUGAUCAGCGAGGAAGACUUUGAAGACUUUCAGACUUUCAGCGAGGAUAAUCUCGAAAGCAUAAAGGUCGUGGGGUAUACCAUGGCGAUGGUCGAAGCGCACGCUAAAUUCGCGAUAAAGUGGUUGAAGGAAUCCUUACCGGAAGUGCAGGAGUGGUUAACGGCGAACAAUUCCACGGAGACAGCGAUAUGAAUUGUGAGAUCCGUCGGGUGCAAUAGGGAUGAAGGAAACAUCCCCCGCGCGCGCCCUGAUAAUUUAUCGAUUCGCUCUCGUAUGCGGCGGUUGGCACUCGCGCACGCGAAAAGAACUGCGGGGAACGCUUUUUUCUACGACAACAAGUUUUAUUUCUCCGUAUGCUUUUGUCAAGCAUGAUUACAAAACCAAGCAACAAGAAUCUCGUCCUUAUAUCGUGUAGCCUUAGAACGACGGUCGUUAGUAUAUAAUUAGUUAGUAGGUACAUAUUUAACAAACGAUAUACAUAAUAAUCGUAUCUAACGGUGAUAAUUAUUAUUCCAAUGUUUACCGUAAAACUCUCCCCGUUCACGCUCACGUUAACGGCGCUCUAUUGCUAUACGGUACGCUCGUUUUAUAACACACUAUAUGUUAUAUCGUUACAUAAUAAUCUAUCCGCGUACCGUUCCUUAUACUCUCCUCGCUUUUAGCCUAACUCGUUAAAUGCGGUUUAGUACGGUAUUCGCAAAAGCUAUCAAAUAUACGCAGUUCGAGGGUUGGAAGCGAUGAUUUAUCGUCGGUCGGGGCCUCGGCCCGUUGGAGAUUAAAAUCACCCGCGGUAUAUUAAAAUCGAAGUCCUGAACACACCGCGAAGUCUCACCUCUUCGCGUAUGUCGAAAUCGCUCGAGACGAGUUAAAAUCGCAGAACUGCGCAGCGCCGAUUUUAUAUAUAAUUCGACGACGUCCAAUCCACUUUUUACAAUGCAUUUAGCGCUAAAUGCGACUUUUCCUAUACACGUUUAUAUCGAUUAACGUAUCCUCAUACUUAGAUGAGCUACAAAAAAAUGACAUUAAGAAUUUAUCCAGACAAACUUGUGUAGCCGCAUAACUAUAUGCAUAAAGAAAAUUAUUCAAAUGCAUUUCUAUCAUAAGAACGCGCGUGAAAUGCGAUUGAAUAAUUUUUUUUAUACAUAUGCUUAUGCAGCUAUGCAAAUUUGUCUGGAUAAGUCUGUAGACAGUCGCAUUUAACGUUUAACUGUGGCUGCAGUUUUUAUUUUAUGUUUGCAUACGGGAAUCUCGUGUUGAAGCCCAGCGCAUUUGGCGCUAAAUGCGCAUUCUGUUUGCAAAUAAAGUUUCUCGAUAUACGAGAA